AUGAAUAUCCAGGUCACUUAUAAACAAAUCGAGGGGUUAACUCGUAUCGUAAUGAGAAGGGCAGCCUCCCACAGUGCUCAGACUAAAGACGCAUUAUUACCUCCUUUAAUGUUGUAUAGAAGAAUUCUUAGAGCCCAUAGGGUAUUGCCAGAGGUUCAAAGAUCAAUAGGUGACAAGUAUGUGAAGAAUGAGUUCAACCUUCAUAAGGAUAUCGAUAACCCACUACAUAUUGUAGCGUUCCUGACAAGCUGGCAGGACUAUCUACACAUGAUUACUAAUGGUCAGUGGCAAGAAGGCACUUUAUCAAAGAGUUCUUUGGAGAAGAUGUCACCUGAACAAGUAGGGCAGUUAUAUGAAUUGAUGAAGGAAACGGAACGUGUCCUAUCCGGUAAACCAGAAGAUGCCAAAGACAAGAAGCAAUAA